AAAGUUGUUCGUAUCAAAAAAUUCAUUGAACUCGGUCGUUUUGUGUAAACAUCACUGUUCUAUACCUGUGGCUAUUUCCUGUCUAUACCGGGAUAUUUGAACGUGAGCUGACAUUUUUUGGGACGGUCGAUAAAAUAUUCAGUGGAAAAGGAUGAAUAUCAAACAUAUUACAAUCACUAUUGUCAUUUUUGGCCUCAAUAUCAACUUCUCCGAUGGAAAACGCUCGCUCUAUGACCUUAGAAUGGAUAGUGUCAACUGCAGUGAUAGUGGACUUUAUGGAAAAAUCGAUUGUGGUGUUGAGGAGAUUAGUCCCACGGUGUCGACCAUUCAGUUGAAUUUUACGAGCACGAAGGAUUUUUAUCCUUUGGUACGAAUUGCAUUCUUCUACCGUUACACCACCUACCGCAGUUUCCUCUUGGAUGUAACUGAGGAUUUUUGUGACUUCCUUUGCGAUUCUAAGCCAGCAAAUGUGAUUAAUUACUUCUGGAAAACUCUCAGAGAAUCUUCAAACUUUGCCCAAGGAUGUCCCUUCCAAAAGGAUAACACGUACUACAUCAAGGACUAUGCAUUGGAUAUGUCAGAGUUCCCACCAAUUCUCCCAACUGGAGAUUAUCGCGUUGAUGUGGAUCUAAUCGAUAGAACUGACAAAACGACUCGCAUAGCUCUUAUACAAAUUUAUGCUUUCAUCAAGAGGAAAUCCAUUGCUGAACUUCUAUGGAGUUAAAGAGUAUAUAUACAGAAGGAUAUCCCCGGAUCAUCUCACAUAUACCUACUAAUCUAUCAAGUUUAUAAGGCUCCCGCUUUCGUAUUCAAAUAAAAAUGUUUUAUA